GCGUGCUGCGACUUACACACAUACUCACUUGUGUUGGUGUAUUUACAGUUUACGCACGCAUUUUUUUUUAUAUACUCUCCUUCGCGUGUGCUGCUGCUGCUGCCGCCCGAAUGACGCUCAGUUAGCGUUCAGCCAUCGCCGGAGUAGCAUCGGAUCCAAAGAGCUUGGAAAAUGGCGAACGUACGUGACAGCGACACAUCGCUCUGGCUGCACAACAAGCUCGGCACGAGCAACGACAGCUGGACCGGCAGCUCGAUCUGCUCCCAGCUCAACGUCGAGGUGCUCAGGAACAUCAAGGACUGCUUCUCGGAUCUUCAGCUGCAGGUCAAGCUGAAGCUGCUGCUGUCCUUCUUUCACAUACACAGGAGCAAGCUCGAAGAGUGGAAGCUUGAAUUGGAAGAAAUUAUUGAGAUAGCUGCCAUCGACACAGAUCUAUGGGUUUCUAUGCUAGCAGAACUCAUGAAAACUUUUCCAUCCACUGGUUCUUUAAAUACAGAUCCUUCAGAUUUUGACGAUCAUCGGCCGCUCUUCGGCGAUCUCAUUACGGACUUGAGAAAAUUAUUGAAAAAGCAAAAUGAUCCUAAUAUGCUUCCGCUGGAGUGUCACUUCUUGAACCAUAAGGCUCUCACAUCGGUCGUAGGUAAUUUGCCUCCGCCCACCAAACACUUUGCUCUAAAGCACAGCAAGAAGUCAAAAAGUGCAGCGCUAAGAGACGAGCUUAGACAAAAGAGCUUUGAUGCUCAGAGUAAUUUAAAGAAAAAUGUUACACCGACUGUACCUGUCAGGAGUAGAGGCAUACCCAGAAAAAUGACAGAUACAACUCCUCUAAGAGGUAUACCUUCACGUCUUCCUGGCAGUGCUUUUCGUUCUCCAGCACUUGGUACAUCACCAGUACCACAGAGAACACCAGUUGGUGGUCGAAUUCGAAAAGAUGGCGGUAUUAAACUAUUAGAUAUUAGUGAGCAACCAUUGGGAUACGUUCAAGCUAAGCGUCGUAAGCGCCAACAAGAGCAAGAAGAGCAACAGAAGAAAGCUGAGGAAGCGAAAGCUGCUGCAGCCGCUGCUCAAGCAACUGCUCAAGCCGCAGCAGCUGCAGCUCCUGCAGAAGAAACCGCCACACCAGAAUAUGCUCAAGGUUUGGCACCUAUCGCUGCCCCCGCCACACCUGCUGCACCAGCAGUAUCAACGCCCACAACUCCUACCACUCCACAUUUACAGCCUUACAGUACACCCAAAACUACUGCAAGUGUACCUGUGGCUGUUGUUGCACCAAAUCCCAAACCUGUUGUUGCAUCUACAGCACCACCUACUACUGUGGUUAACUCAACUACAACUGUUGUUACUCCUGUAGAAUCUAACCCAGUUACUGUACAAACUGUCAAGCCAACAGUACAAAUUGUUAGACCACCUGCAACAGUUACACAAAUACCUAUAUCAUCAAGUGUACAACAGCCUGCAGCAGCUGCCAAUGCAAGGAAAGGGUUAUCACUUACUAGAGACCAAAUGUUGGAAGCUCAAGAAAUGUUCAGAACUGCGAACAAAGUUACCAGACCAGAAAAAGCUCUUAUUUUGGGAUUCAUGGCUGGAUCAAGGGACAACCCUUGUCCAAAGUUGGGAAAUAUUGUAACAGUGAUGUUAUCAGAAAAUUUAGAAGAAGUGCCCCAGCCAGAUGGUACGUCAGUUUUAGUGCAAGUUGAAACACAUUUCCAAAUGAAUUAUACUAAUGGUGAAUGGAAAAGAAUUAAAAAAAAUAGACGUAUUGUACAAGAUGAAUCUGCAGUGGUAACAAAUCAAGCAACAAAUGCUGCAAAAUAGGUUCUUCAUAUUUAAGGUUUGUUUCAAUCGAUUUUAGCGUUCUAUAUAAGUUUUGUAAACAGACUUAUAAUGACUUGUAUAGAAUUCAAAAAAAUUUGUAUAUUCUAUUCAUAGAUUUUAUACCUUUGUAAUAGUUUUUGUAUAAAAGUGUAUCAUUUUUCAUAUACACUAUCUUGUACAUAUUAAAGUUAAAUAUCGAACGAUUGACCGUUAAUUUAACGUAAUUAUAGAGAGUGUGAUAUAUUUCGGAGAUUUUGCAAAGGAAUUAUUGUUUUUUUUAUCCGGUACAGAUCAUGUGUAAUUACUGUGUAAUCAUGUAAAAAUGUAAAUUAAAACAUGAAACAUUCAAUCGAUACUACAUCACGUUAAAAUUCAUUAUUAUACUUCGUAGUCAUAAAAUACAAUGUUUAAAAUUUUUUGUAAAUUAUUAUCUUUUUUGCAA